CCGUUCCUUUCCUCUUCUCACUCCCCUUCUCCUCGACCUCUUUCGCCUUCUUCACCCUUGUCGACCACUAGACAUCAUGCACGCCGCACGCUCAUCUCGCGUUGCUCUACGGAAGAGCGCACAGGCUUCCAAGUCUAUCCUUGCUCGUGGGGCACACAAAGAGGUCCGCUUCUCUAACGAGGGACGCGCGGCAAUGCUCGCUGGUGUCGAUAUCCUCGCAAAGGCCGUCAGCGUCACCCUCGGUCCUAAGGGCAGGAACGUCAUCAUCGAGCAGUCGUUCGGUGGCCCCAAGAUCACCAAGGACGGUGUCACGGUUGCGAAGGCUAUCCAGCUGCAGGACAAGUUCGAGAACCUCGGAGCUCGUCUUGUUACCGAUGUUGCUAACAAGACCAACGAAGUGGCCGGUGACGGGACAACAACCGCGACCGUCCUUGCCCGCGCUAUCUACUCCGAGGGCGUCAAGAAUGUCGCUGCUGGUUGCAACCCUAUGGACCUCCGUCGAGGCAGCCAAAAGGCCGUCGAGAAGGUGAUCGAGUACCUCGAGAAGAACAAGCGAGUUAUCACUACUUCCGAGGAGAUCGCCCAGGUCGCGACUAUCUCCGCCAAUGGCGAUACCCAUGUUGGCCAGCUAAUUGCUACCGCUAUGGAGAAGGUUGGCAAGGAGGGUGUUAUCACCGUGAAGGAGGGCAAGACUAUCGAGGAUGAGAUCGAGAUCACCGAGGGCAUGCGCUUCGAUCGGGGCUACAUCUCCCCUUACUUCAUCACUGAUGUCAAGACCCAAAAAGCCGACUUCGAGAAGCCCCUGAUCCUUCUAUCUGAGAAGAAGAUCUCGGCGCUCCAGGAUAUCCUCCCCUCCCUGGAGGCUGCUGCUCAGGCUCGUCGCCCACUUGUAAUUAUUGCUGAGGAUAUCGAUGGCGAAGCUCUUGCCGCCUGCUUGGUCAACAAGCUCCGUGGUCAGCUCCAGGUCGCUGCCGUCAAGGCCCCUGGUUUCGGUGAUAACCGCAAGUCGAUUCUUGGUGAUCUCGCCAUCCUCACUGGUGGUACUGUCUUCACCGACGAGCUGGACAUCAAGCUCGACCGCGCGACUCCCGACCUGCUCGGCAGCACUGGCAGCAUCACAAUCACCAAGGAUGACACUAUCCUCCUGAACGGUGAAGGCUCGAAGGAUGCUAUCCAGGCUCGCUGUGAGCAGAUCCGCGCUGUCAUGAACGACGUGACCACCUCCGAUUACGACAAGACCAAGCUGCAAGAGCGCCUUGCUAAGCUGAGCGGCGGUGUUGCUGUCAUCAAGGUUGGUGGCUCCUCCGAGGUUGAGGUCGGUGAGAAGAAGGACCGGUAUGAUGACGCGCUCAACGCGACUCGUGCCGCUGUUGAGGAGGGUAUUGUCCCUGGUGGUGGGGUUGCGUUGCUCCGUGCCAGUCAGACACUCGACAGCGUCCAGACGGACAACUUCGACCAGAAGCUUGGUGUUGCGAUCAUCCGGGAAGCGCUUGGCCGACCGUUGCGUAUCAUUGCGGAUAACGCUGGUCAGGAAGGUGCUGUGAUCGCUGGUCGUUUGCUCGAGAAGUACGCCGACAAGCCCGACUUUGGUUAUGAUGCCUACCAGGACAAGUUCACCAACAUGUUCGAGGCCGGUAUCAUCGACCCCGUCAAGGUCACGAAACAGGCAUUGCUCGAUGCUAGCGGUGUCGCAUCCCUACUGACGACGAGCGAGUGCUGCAUUGUGGAUGCUGAAGACAAGCAGCCUCCGAUGGGUGGUGCCCCUGGUGGGAUGGGGGGUAUGGGGGGUAUGGGAGGCAUGGGCUUCUGAGUUAAUUUGGGCGUUGAUAUCGCUUCAUUUGUAUUUCAUUUCGUCUUGCAUUUAUCCUUGCCCAUUUAUGGUUGUCACCUGUCGGUAAAAGCAAUAACUCACCGCUCAAUUGCACUGCAUUAAUAAGCAUGUUAGGGGGGGAACGCACUACUCCAUUUUCUUGAACAAU